AUGGACCGGCUGCUGCUGGAACAGCUGGCCGGGGAGGCGCUGCGGGAGCUGCUGGGCGCGGUGCGGGGCACCCUCUUCUGCCGCUCCACCGCCGAGCGCCUGCGCCGGAGCGUCGAGCCGCUGCUGCCGCUCGUGGAGGGGCUCGGGCCGCACGCCGGCCAGCGCUCCGCGGGGGAGCUCGCCGAGCUCGCCGCCCGGGUCCGGGAGGCGCUCGACCUGGCGCACCGCGCCGCGUUGUCCCCGCGCUGGAACGUGUACCGCGCCGCGCAGCUGGCGCGCCGGAUGGAGGCCGCUGACCGGGGCAUCGCGCGCUGGCUCGCCCGCCACGCGCCCGCGCACGUCAUCGGCGGCGUGCGCAGGCUCCGCGACGAGGCCGACGCGCGGAUCGGGCGCCUCGAGCGCCGCGUCGAGGAGAUCGCCGCCGCCACGCAGCCCCCGCCGCCCGCCCUCUCCGUCCCCGUCGCGCCGCCGCCGCAGAUGCACAAGGGCGUGCCGAUGCAGAUGCAGAUGCCCAUGGACGCGCCGCUCACCAAGGGCUCGGUGGCCGCUAUGCCGGUGGACGGGCCGCCGCUCAAGGGCGUCGCUGUGCCCGCCAAGGCCGGGGUGAUGGCCAUGGACAUGGAGCUCGCCGAGGGCCACGAGGACGAGGAGAUGGUUGGCGGCGGCCUCAAGGUGGCCAAAGAGAAGGUGAAGGAGAUGGUCAUGAGCGGCGGCGGCGGCUGGGAGGUGGUCGGCAUCUCCGGCAUGGGCGGCAGCGGCAAGACCACGCUCGCCAUGGAGAUCUUCAAGGAUCACAAGGUCCGAGCCUACUACAACGACAGGAUCUUCUUUGAGACGAUCUCACAAUCUGCAAACUUGGAAACCAUCAAGAUGAAGCUGUGGGAGCAGAUCAGCGGAAACAUCGUGCUUGGUGCAUACAACCAGAUCCCAGAAUGGCAGCUCAAGUUAGGACCAAGGGACCGAGGACCAGUCCUUGUUAUCCUUGACGAUGUGUGGUCUCUCUUGCAGCUUGAGGAUCUCGUCUUCAAGUUCCCUGGGUGCAAGACUCUUGUUGUAUCGAGAUUCAAGUUCCCGACGUUGGUAUCCCGGACGUAUGAAAUGCAGUUGCUUGAUGAGGAGGAAGCUUUAUCUGUCUUCUGCCGCGCUGCCUUCGAUCAGGAGUGUGUUCCGAAGACUGCUGACAAGAAAUUGGUUAGGCAGGUCUCUGCAGAGUGCAGAGGCCUUCCUCUAGCUCUGAAGGUCAUCGGUGCAUCAUUGCGAGAUCAGCCUCCUAAGAUAUGGCUGAGUGCCAAGAACCGGUUGUCACGAGGAGAGGCUAUUUCUGACUCCCAUGAGACCAAGCUCCUAGAGAGAAUGGCGGCAAGUGUUGAGUGCUUACCAGAGAAGGUUAGAGAUUGUUUCCUUGAUCUGGGCUGCUUCCCAGAGGAUAAGAAGAUCCCUCUUGAUGUGUUGAUCAACAUUUGGAUGGAGAUUCAUGAUCUUGAUGAGCCAGAUGCUUUCGCCAUCUUGGUUGAGCUUUCGAACAAGAACCUUCUUACCCUUGUUAAUGAUGCACAGAACAAGGCUGGAGAUUUGUACAGUAGCUACCAUGACUACUCGGUGACGCAACAUGAUGUGUUGAGAGAUCUUGCGCUUCACAUGAGUGGGCGUGACCCUCUGAACAAGCAGAGGCGGUUGGUGAUGCCAAGAAGGGAAGAAACUCUUCCAAGGGAUUGGCAGAGGAACAAAGACACUCCGUUUGAAGCUCAGAUAGUUUCCAUUCACACAGGUGAAAUGAAAGAAUCUGACUGGUUCCAGAUGAGCUUCCCCAAGGCAGAAGUGCUCAUCCUCAACUUUGCCUCAAGUGUUUACUACCUCCCCCCAUUCAUCGCAACGAUGCAGAACCUGAAAGCCUUGGUUCUGAUCAACUACAGCACCACCAGCGCAACCCUUGACAACCUAUCUGCCUUCACCACGCUCAGCAGCCUGAGGAGCCUUUGGUUGGAGAAGAUCACACUCCCACCACUGCCAAAGACCACUAUCCCGCUAAAGAACCUGCACAAGAUCUCCCUCGUCCUCUGCGAACUGAACAACAGUCUAAGAGGAUCGACGAUGGAUCUCUCCAUGACCUUCCCCCGCCUGUCCAACCUCACAAUUGACCACUGCAUAGAUCUGAAGGAGCUGCCAUCAAGUAUCUGUCAGAUCAGCUCCCUCGAGACCAUCUCCAUCUCAAACUGUCAUGACCUCACGGAGCUGCCAUAUGAGCUAGGCAAAUUGCAUUGCCUGAGCAUUCUUCGGGUCUAUGCCUGCCCGGCGCUGUGGCGGCUCCCGCCGUCGGUGUGCAGCCUGAAGAGGCUGAAAUACCUUGACAUAUCUCAGUGCAUCAACCUGACAGACCUCCCGGAGGAGCUUGGCCACCUGACAAACCUGGAGAAGAUUGACAUGCGGGAAUGCUCACGCCUAAGGAGCCUCCCGAGGUCAUCGUCCUCCCUCAAGUCCCUCGGCCACGUCGUCUGCGACGAGGAGACGGCGCUGCUGUGGAGGGAGGCCGAGCAGGUAAUCCCUGACCUCCGGGUGCAGGUGGCAGAGGAGUGUUAUAACCUGGACUGGCUUGUAGACUGAUGUCACGUUCUGGAUGCUUUGGGCUUCCAAACUGACCAUGUACAUAUGAUGUUUAUAUCUUGCCCUGUGUAGUGCAGCAAGAGUAUCAACCCACUGGCCAAUUUUGACAUGUUCAGUCA